AUGUACUAUGAAACUACCUGGUUACAUGGCUAUGGCUUAAUCUAUAGAACUAUUCCCCGUCUUCGGCUAUCCUCUUUGACGAUUACGAACCUUGCUACUUCUGAGGAUGAAUUCCUCGCUUGUCUUAAACUCCUCUCCGACUCAUCAAUCACCACUUUAGAGAUCUUGUCAGAGAUAGAAGCACCAGUUCACAGCUUCUGCGAGCCAUUCAAAAACGAAAUAUUAAAACUCCUCACAUUCCACGGAGACAGAGGUCCAAAGACUCUCUGCCCACUCUUGGAAACACUCAAUUUAGAACUUUGCGUUGCGGCCAAUGAUGGUUUCCUCACAGAUAUGGUUCUCUUGCCGUAUCAGCAUCACUGCUGCCUCUGCAUCGGCGACGUCGAGCCUUGCGAGACCGCUGUCAUUGUCGUUAUUCCCCGAGCAACGUCGGUUCCUCGCACUCCAAGUCCCUCAUUUCAGGUUGGUGUCGUCGUCUGCGGCGCUGAUAUUCCUAGAGAAAUGUCCACAUCCAAGAUCCCAGUUGCUCCAACAAACCUCAGGGAGCGAAUAGCAGCACUCGAACAGCGUAAUGCUGCUUCAGACCAACGUCCAACCUCCCCUGUUGCACUCUCUGCAGCAAACACUAGCCCAUCCGCUGGUGGGCUGCGUGACAAAAUUGCAAAAUUCGAAAGGAAGGGCGGCACCCCCGUGCCUCGGGGAAGCUUUGGGCUGGGCGCUCCGCCCCCUACUGAGGGUCAGCCACGGAGGAAGGGCGAGCUUUACGGAAAUCGCAUUCCGGUGCCAGUCAGGAUGGCAAGCUCAGGGGUUCCCCCGGUUAGUCGUUCCGGUUCUGCGUCUCCCCGGGUCAACGGUUCCCCAAAUCCCAGUCGAAGGUCGUUCUCACUUUCGAGUAUCUCUGGUGACUUUGACGAUGGGACGGAUUACACACCGUUAACUUCCCCGACAUUAACUUCUCCACCACCAUCUCCCCCUGACUCUGUCUCUUUCACACCAGAGAUAUCUACGUCACCCACUAGUUUGGUGGAUGCCAGCUCGUUUAAAAAGCCCCUUUUGCGAGGGACUGAUUUCGCGAAGGCAUUGGAUAUCGCACGGAAGACGGAAGCUGGGAAACUUAAUAGUAUGCCAGACGGCCUUGGGAUACGGCAAUAUGAGGAAGAGUCAAACACAUCUACCCCGCAAGUGACAUCCACUCCUCUCCUAGGAGAGACAGAUUUGCCUGAGCAUACGCCGGCCAUCGUUGUGUCUUCGGAGGGCGCACCUAUGGUAGUCGUCCAGGAAUCCCCUGCUCUUGAUACACACUCCUUCACUGCGCCACAGAACUCCAAAGUGGUUGAAGACGAUGCAGGAGAUCUUGUUUCUCAAGUUGCAGGUGUCAAUUCUGCUGUCUUACAGCUCGACACAGAAGUGAAAGUCAAUCUUGUUACAGUUGGACCCAAACUUUCCUCGACAAAGCUCGACACUGCCCAUCCCAUCGUUAAUUUGGCAUCUCCUGUUGACACUCCUUUGCCUCCUGCUGAUCACACGAGCGGUGUAACGACUCCCUUGACGAAAUCUACUUCGAGUCUUUCAAUAGCAGUGGCAUCAGAGUCCAUCACAGAAGAACCAAACACCACGGGACAGCACGUUCCACCACCAAUUGAUAUCCCCAGUGCAGAGUCCCGUGAAAGAUAUUCAGCAGCAUCGAUUACUAUUGUCGUCGAGUCUCCUUCCUCUGCUCCGCUGCCGUCAACACCGGACUCAGAGCCAAGCCCCGCUCUUUCAGAGAAGACACUCUCCACGGGACAGCACGCUCCAUCACCAAUAGAUAUCCCAAGUGCAGCGUCCCCCGAAAGAUAUUCAGCCACAUCGAUAACUAUUGUCGUCGAGUCUCCUUCCUCUGCUCCGCCCCCAUCAGACUCAGAGCCAAGCCCCACUCUUUCGGAGAAGACGCUCUCCGGGCCUGUGUCUGUUGAAAUUGAAGACAGAGUCUAUCCAACAUAUCUGGGAUCCUCUGAGUCACUCCCCGCGCCUAAUGAUAAGGGGACACGGGACGUACUUUCAACCCCUACGGUUGUCAUCUCUCAGCCACCCCCAGUCUUUGAGGAAAGCAGUAUUACUCAGGAUACUUCAUCGCCCUCCCCUUCUUCAACUGCCGUCCUAACGAAUGGUGCGCUUGAGGAGGAGAUCUCUGGACCAACAAUACCACUCGAACUGCUCCCAGAUCUAACACUCCGCAAAAAUGCGCUUACGUUGGACGUUGACCGUCUCAAUGACGAAUCGUUGAUAUCCUCAGGAUCUGCAGGGAGCGUGCUUGCUUCUUCCGCACUCGAAGGCAACCUUUCAGUUACAGAUGUAUUGGGUGGAUACUAUGGCAGUGGCAAAUCCGCCCCAGGUGGGCAAGUCGAAGAGCCUGCUUCUAAUGUGGUCACGCCUCCCAAAGCACAGGCACAGUCGGCACCAUCACGCCAUCCACUGAGUUUCCGCUCACCAACAGAUUCAGGGUUACUCUCGCCAGCACCAUCAGCCACCUCUUUCACUUCUUCGUCCUUGGAUACCAAUUCUACGACGUCGUCUCGCCCCUCAAGCAUGAUUGAGACCAGCCCAAGUCGCGUUACACUCGCUCACCGCUUGACACCCGCCACGAGCCGCGGAGUACCCAUGUUUGUCCCACCCACGUCCUCUCUCCCACAUAAAUCCGACUUCAGCCACUUCCCGCCCACGCCUGAGUCAGCACGUGAGAACUUUGGCUCGGUGGUAGUGCAUCAUAAGCCAUCGCAUUCGUAUUCGCAUCCGAAUACGUCUCAGGGCGCUGCUGCUGGGGAACAGUCAGAUGCUGGUUCAAUGGCUCGCCCGACAUUCUCCGCCGUCGUGCAUGGGAAAGUUCGUGAAGGGCCCCCGUCCGCUUUCAAGCCAAGAGUUCUCCCUCAAACGCCUCAGACGAAUAGGAUCAAGAGGGCUACUAUCCUCCAGACUCCUUUGAGUCCUGGUUCAGGAGAGUUGGCUGACUUAUUGCAGAACGCGAUUUUCCUUGAGGAUACUUUAGAAAAGGGGGAAGACCCUGGUGAAGCUGCCAAGCGACUUGCGGAGGAGGAGAAGCAGGAGAAAGCGAAGAAGGAGCAGGAGGCUGCUGCUGCGAAGGCUCAAAGAGAGAGGGAGGAGAAGGAAAGAGCGGCCCUUGCGCAAGCUGAGGCUGAGGCUAGGAAGGAAGGAUCGAAUAGUGCGAAACUCAAGCAUACGUUCCUCAUCCCGUUGUCAAAGGCAAAGGCUGUCCACCGGAAGGAGGUGUCGAGUUCUGUUAUGGAGGGAUCUGCGAACCUAAGGCCACAGCCCGAAGUAGUUCGACCGAAAUCAGCCAACCCCGAGUCUCAUACCAGAGAGCGGAAGUUGGGCAUGACCACGGACACUCCCAAGGAAGUAUCACACCGUUCAACGACUCCCACUGAAUCCAAGGACAAAACCAUCGAGUUGCCUACUAAAUCUCCAAGGUCGAGGUUUGCCAGUUUCCGCAGGCUGGGUAGCCUCUCCCGAUCGUCGAAAGAUGGAAAUGGGCCUGCCAGGCACAGUAUGUCCAUGUCCUCAGAAAUCUCAUCAGACGACUCGGCUCCUGCUGUGACGCCUCCCGAUCACGGCAUGGAGUUCUCUUCGCUGAUGACGCCCGGGACUGCUGAGUUGACACCCGAAAAGGAUCGAACGGAGAAAGUAUCAUCUAUUGGGCCUCCACCCCCCUUUAGCCUUCCCCCGCUCCCCACUGUGACUGAACCAGAGGAAUCCAGGCCAACGACCCCUUCCGCAUCACAGAAAAAACUGAGGGCACUCCCUGCUCUCCCAAGCAGCGCUGUAGCUCCCUCCCAACCAAACACACCAUAUACUCAGCAACAAAAACUCCCAACGCCUAAAAUUGACUACCUCUCAUCCCCGCGGGACUCACUCCUUCCAGUUUUUGAAGACCCUUCCCGGCCCGAAUCGUGGAUGUCCGCGUCGUCUUUAAGCUCGGUGCUUCCCUCCCCGUUGUUCGAUAAGGAUAUCUGGGACGCUUUUCCACCUGUUCCAGGGGGCGCGCCUAUGGAGUCUUCAAGUCAUACCUAUGGACCAACCACCACUCAACCCUCGUUUGAUUCUGCUCUGCUUUCGUCUGCUAUUCAUCUUCAUAAGGGUACGAUUGGGUCGUCCACGGGAACGACGUAUAAUGCUCAACAAGUCCCCCGCUCGUGA